AUGUCCUUCGGUGGAAGCCUUGUCUUCAUCUUGGCCAUGACUUUACUUUUCACAGGUGUGAUAUCCAUGAGCAUUCAAGUGCCUCUCGGGGAAGCUGUUGCUGUAACCCCAACUGUGGCCAAUGGAUCAGGAACAGAGAAAUACAACCUCAAACCCAACGAAUUGGAAGUCGAUUCCAACGAGAUGGACUUGACUGAAGGUGAUGACUCCUGGGAUAAUAUUGGAGCUAUUAUACCCAACCUGGAAGACCUGGACUCCCCACAAGAUAACAGAACAGAGGGAGUCAAUAAGGAGCAAGGAAUUACUGUUUGGGGAUCUCCAAACACCUCAAAACCCAGCAUUGCUGAAGAAGAAAAUCUGAAGAUGAUUGCAGAUGAGGAGGAAGGUUCUCUGGCCCUAUUAAGUCUCCUUGUUAAAAGAGCCGUUGAAGAAGAUUAUGAGGCUGGUGAAUCGGAGACCAUCCUUGAUGAGGAUGACUUUUCCUUUUCUGACUUGCCCAAGAUUUUUGAGCCUUUAAUAAAGGCUUUCUCCGGUUCCCCAACAUCUGAGCCUCCUUCACCAGAGGAUUUUUUCUCUUGGUUUCCUUCUCUAAAGGAGCUACUGGAUCCCCCAAGGGAGGAACCUGCUUCAGUCACCAGUUCACCAAGGAAGAGCAUCACACCGCCAACAAGAAGAUCUGCUGUCCCUACUUUGUUAGAGCCGUCUCUGCAGAUGGCCCCUGCCAUCCCUUCUGCUCAACCAAAUGAAGCAGAGAGCCUUCCCUUCCCCUCUUCACUGGAGGAAUCCAUCACUUCCAUUAUUCCAACUCUCCCUACCCCACCUCAAACGAGUGAGCGUUCUCUCUCGGAUGUCUCAGACUCUGAAGAGAGAUUUGAUUGAUCAGAAAUAUAAUCUUGAUCAGAAAUAUCUAAGCUUACCUUUUCUUGUUUUUCCUGGAGAUUGAAAAAAAAUAAAGACCCCAUUAAGGAAGAUUGUGG